AGUUUUAUUUCAGAUCGCGUUCAUUCAGGAUCACAACAAACAUUUCCCGAAUAUAUCUUGACAUCAAUUGAAUCAUGUUGAAGACAAUACUCAUCGGAAUUUUCCUCGUCUCAAUGAUUACAUCAAGUAGCUCUCUCAAUUGUUUCUCUUGCAUGACUUCACGAGAGGGAAAUUGCGAAGAUGGUUCUCAAAUGGAAACAAAAAUUUGUGAUUCAUCUGACAGCAAUAACUUGAAUGUUAAGCCAGUGUGCCUGAAAGUUGUAAAAGACAUCAAGGGAUUUGAUCAUAUUACGCGUUCAUGUCAAUUUGAAGGUGAUUUGUAUAAGCCAUGCAAUUAUAUCAAAGCAGCUGAGCAUUGCUCCACUUGUGAUUCAAAUUUAUGCAAUUCGGCCAAAACAUUUUCAGUUCAUCAAUCAUUGUACUCAUCACUGUUUUUAAUAGUAUUAACAAAAGUUAUUAAUCUUUAAGGAGAGUUUAUUAAACCUUCUUAUACUCAUUGAUUUCAUCAAAAUAUUUAUUACUCAGAACAAAUGCCUACCAAAAGGUAAAACUAAAGUCAGGUUUCAUUCACAAUGCAGUGGCAAAAUAAAAUAACUUCAGUGUGACAAUGUUAUUGUUAAUUAGUAGUUAAUUUUAGGGUGCUUAAAUUUAAAAAAAUAAAAUAAAAUUAAUUCUUUACAUGAAGUUUGAUUUUUAUUAAACGUUUUUGCACGCAAAA